AUGUCCGUGACUGGUAAGCCUGCUCACAGGCUCUCCUUUGAGGAGGUGCCUUCGGAGAAUGGCUCUUUACCCGAAGUCAAGAAGGGCACCGAUGCCGACGCUGCCGAUAUGUCAAGAAUGGGCAAGAAGCAAGUCUUAAGAAGAGAAUUUCGCUUCAUCUCAGUUGUCGGAUUCAUUUGCAUUCUUCAGUCGACUUGGGAAGGUGCCCUCCUGUCUAACAGCCAAUCGUUGCAUAAUGGUGGUCUAGCGGGCACAGUAUGGACUUUUAUCAUCACAUGGCUCUUCACGCUAUGUAUGAUCGCGUCAAUGGCUGAGCUUGCUUCCAUGGCACCGACUGCAGGCGGUCAGUACCACUGGGUCAGUGAGUUUGCUCCACCAUCAUUGGAGAAGCCUCUUUCAUACAUUGUCGGCUGGAGUUCAUGGCUGGGUUGGGUGUCUGGUAUCCCCUCUUGCGCACAAUUCCUCGCCUAUCAAGUCGAAGGUCUUGUUCUCGUCAACAACCCAAACGCGGAUCUUGGAAGCCUGUGGCAGGUCGGCCUUUUGCUCUAUGCCUUCCUCUUCAUCACUUUUGGCUUCAACAUCUUUCUCUCGCACAAAUUGCCUCUUGCCGAAGGCAUGAUUCUUGUGCUUCACGUUCUGGCUUUCUUCGCCUACCUCAUCGUCUUUUGGGUCAUGGCUGACGUUGGCUCGGCCAAGACUGUUUUUACCGAGUUCACUAAUGGUGGCGGUUGGAGCAGCCAAGGUGUUUCCUGUCUUGUCGGUCUUGUCACUCCUAUCUGGUGUUUCAUUGGUCCUGAUGCAGGCGCACACAUGAGCGAGGAGUUGCGCGAUGCUUCUCGCGUGCUCCCCAAAGCCAUGAUGUGGGCGACUGUCAUCAACGGUGCACUCGGUUGUGUCAUGAUUAUCAGUUUCUGCUUUGCUGCUGGCGACAACCUGGACAACAUCAUGAACAGCAGCAUUGGAAUUCCUGUCGUGCAGCUGCUCUACAACGUCACAGGCUCCAAGGCUGGAACCUCUGUCAUGACCGUCAUCCUCUUGAUUCUCCAAUACUUCUCCGCCAUCACCACUAUCGCAUCUUCAUCUCGUCAAACUUGGGCUUUCGCAAGAGAUCGAGGCUUCCCCUUCAGCGAAUGGCUUAGCCGCGUGGACCCUCGCUGGGACGUCCCCGUCAAUUCUCUGCUGCUCUGUCUCGCCGUCUCGCUCAUCCUCGGCGCCAUCAACUAUGGCUCUGAAACUGCUCUCGACGCCAUCAUGUCAGUCUCCAACUCUGCACUGCUUUUCAGCUAUAUCGUUUGCAUUGGCUGUGUGCGUCUGAAGCGUUGGCGUGGCCAACCUCUCCUGCCCCGUCGAUUUGACCUGGGUAGAUGGGGUGCCCCUCUCAAUGAUGCAGCAUUAGCAUUUUUGAUUGUCGCUUUCAUCUUUUCUUUCUUCCCUGAAGAUGUCAAUCCCGAUGCACCGGAUAUGAAUUGGGCGAUUGUUAUUUGGGGUGCUAUGUGGGUGCUCGCGGGUGGAUAUUACUACUUUGGUGGUUCGAAGAAGUAUGUUAGUCCUGGUAGUUUGGUUAAGGAUCUGUAG